GUAGUAGCCUAACUUUGUGAUGAGAAAGUGGUUCCUCAUGUACGACCUACUCUCCAUUACGUUUCUGUUAAAGAAUAUUGUGAUGAGAUCUUCAUGCCUUUUAGCCUGCAGCUGCAAACACCAUCAACACUUUCUCACUCUCUUCUUAUUUAUUCACACACUCCAUAACUUUUCCAACACCCUCUUCUUUUCUUUUCUUCUAUUCUCUUCUCUUCUCUUCCCCAAUGGCCCUCAUAAGCUCUUGUUUCUUUAUCAUUCUUUUCCUUCUUGGUUUUGCAGAAUCACAGCCUCUCACACACCCCUUUAACCACACUGACUUACAAUCAGCAAUACGUGACAUGCGAGCAAAAUCUUACUACGGAUUCGCAAUGCUUUUGCAGAUGCUCACUGGAACAACAGCACAACCAAAUGGGGAAUUCACUUUCUUGAUGCCGGACGAUAAACAAUUAUCUUCUUCAUCUAUUUCUGCUGAUCAAGUGGGAGAUUUCUUGCUAAAACAUGCCAUACCAAUGCCUCUAUACUUCAGUGACUUAUCUCAUUUCCCAACUGGUACCCUUAUUCCCUCGGGGAAUACCUCCAAAAUGAUUAGGAUCCAUAACCGUGGCAAAGGAGAUUUCUUUCUUAAUAAUGCAAAAAUUGUUUCGGCCAAUGUUUGCUUGAAAUCUGUGAUCAAAUGCCAUGGAGUUGAUGCAAUAAUUGACUAUUAUAAUUGAAAAUACAUUACGUAAUUAAUGAAGACGUAUUUUAGCACCCUUCAGGUGCAAACAACCUUGGAUAUCAGAACGGAUUUCGUUUGUCCUCAUACAUGCUCCAAACUCUAUCCGACAGAAAUAAAACCAUCACUACGUUUCAAGUUGUUUGUUUUCACUUAUCUAGACAUUUUCUGCAUUCAUUUUAAUCACAAAACAUGUCACAUUGUUUCAAUCUAUUAA